UUCCAUUCUCACCCCCCCCCCUUUCCUCCCACGUCUGCUUGCCCGCCAUAACGUUAUCGACCCAACCAACGAGUAAAGGAGAGUUACGGGACCUGACAAAUCUACUUUGCUUCCCGUGAGUCCUGCACUAGUGGCUCUACAAGUGAAAUCAUCAGGAAUUUUAAUUUGCUAGACUUCCUAAGCCAGAGAACUCUCCAGCAAUGUCUACAUUCGAACAAAAAGUUGAAGCCUUCUUCAAACAGGCUGACAAAGACAACAGCGGAACUGUCUCUAAGCUUGAGCUUUGUAAAGUGCUGAUCAACGCAGGAGAUGGUAGAACUGUCUGUGAAAUUAAUGACUGGUUCGAUGAAAUAGAUUCAAACAAAGACGGCUGUAUGACACUAGAAGAACUGAAAAAAGCUUUGAACCUUAGGGAUCCUCGAUCAGUCCAAGAGGCAGAAUUGCGAGCAGUCUUUAAAGAUCUGGAUGUGGAUUGCUCUGGACAGCUGACUGUGGAAGACCUGAGAAAAGUUCUGGCCAAAACAGGUCAGGCUGACAAAGCAGCCAAAUACAUUGAACAAGUGGAUAUCAACAAGGAUGGUAAAGUUGAUAUUGAAGAGUUCAUCAAGGCUUGGAGAGCAGGCCUUUAAAUUACAGUGCUUGAAAUAAAGGCUUCACAUUGACAACAUACUGACAAUGCACUGAGCACACGACAAGUCACGUGGCUGUUUUAUCAAUGCUUUGUUUUACGUCACAAGUUCUUUCAUCUGCGCAUUUUUUCCCCUUAUUUUAAAGAUAUUUACAUUUAAAUAAUUCUUUUUAAAAAUGUGUUUUUUUUUGGCCAGUGCCAUUUUUUCCCUAGAAAACAAAAAUUUGAGAAAGAUAUCUUAGUAAUUCAUUAGUACUUGCAGACAAUAUUUCUAAAAAAAUUCUGAUCUUCACAAAGAAAUAAAAACUAAAUACUUUAAAUGUUUUCUUGUUUCAUAUGAUACUUAAACAUUUUUAAAGCUCUUUUGAACAUUCAUUGUCAUCAAUAGAUUUAUCUGGAAUACUAAAUAUGAAAGUAAAAAUAGUUUGGUUCAAAAAUGUUUUUAAAAUUUAGAAAACAAAAAGAGAAUAAAGAUACAUUCUAUUUAUACUUCUUGGAGAGUAUAUCUCUCCUGUACAUUCUAUGUUUUUCAUGGGUUUUAUUUGGUUCAAUAUUAUUCCACACAUUAAAUUUUAUUGGGGGGGGGGGGGGUUCUCCAUUGAAAUAUCAUUUUUUUGUAAUUUGAUUCCUUUAGUUAUUUUUUUUUAUCCUAAAAAAGUAUUUAAUGAUAAUAUGUUAUCAUUAAAUGUUUUCAUUGUUUCUACCAAUAGAGUAGACCUGUAAACUUUGUUGAUCAGCUGUGCUUCUGUUUAAUGAGUUUCUUGAACAACUGGGCUAAAGAUAUUAUUUGUUUUAAUGUCUACAUAGCUUUCUACUUUAGUAGUAGUAGAUGUUGAGUAGUUUCUAGUAGAUGUAACCAUUUAGUUGUUUUUAGAAUACUCUGGAACUCUUUAUAUAAUCAUUAAAAAGUUUAUUAUUUUA